CGCCAACUGCCUUCAUUGUCCUUCCUUCUGAGUAGUGGGGACUGGUGGCUCCGACAUGGCUCAACCAUCCUCUGACAACUCCGAGGAAGACCUGGGCACCAACAAAACCGGGACCUCCAAAGUAGAGCCCUCUGAAACGGAGCCCUCUGAAACAGAGACCUCAGAAAUGGAGCCCUCUGAACCGGAGCCCUAUGAUGCCGAGCCAAAGAAGGCGAAACAAAAGACAGCUAAGGGCCACCGCCACUGCCACCGCCGCCGCUGCCGCUGCCGCUGCUGUCCAAACAACUUUGCAAGCUUCGCCACCUAUUUCCCCAGGGUACUGAGGCAAGUGCACACAGGCCUGAGCCUCUCCCACGAGGUCGUGAACGUCAUGGAUUCGUUCGUGAAGGAUAUGUUUGAGCAGAUAGCUGAAGAGGCCAGGCACCUGGCCCGCUCCAACAAGCACUGCACUAUCACGAGUGGAGAGAUCCAGACAGCUGUGCAUCUUCUCUUGCCUGGGGAGAUCGGCAAGUACGCAGUGUCCAAGGCCACCAAUUCAGUCAUCAGAUACAACACCCGCAGAUGAACUGCCUCAUGACCACUUCAACAUCGCAAACCAAAGACUCUUAUCCUAACCACUCGAAGGGAAAAGACCUGUAGCGAUAAAAAGCCAUAUCCAUCCACUCUGGGUUCUUUACAUAUGCCCUACUUUCCAUCUUUAAAACAUUUCCACCCCAAGGAAAACAUUAAAAACCUCAUCAAGUUUGCUUCAAUAAGGGUCGGUUGUGUCAUUUGUUCAAUGGAAAA